GGAGUGGCCUUCUGCAGAUAGCUGCCCUCUCUAUCGGAGUAAAGUCUUCUCCCAGAGGCAGCUUAUAGGAGGGAAAAUAAGCCAGGAGUUUGGAUCUACAGACCAUUAAAGGAGAUAAGAAAAGGAAGAGAGUUGCCUUCAAACCACAUCUUCUUGUAGGCUGUGAGGAGAGUUCUUCAGUAUUUAUGGCGUCGGCAGCUCCACCGAAGAGGAUGGUGUCCUCCGUCUUCAUCACGCUGGCAUCACCUCACAGAGCCACCGUGACGCCGCAGCAGCAGCCUGCUCUCCAGGCUCAAAGCAGCCCGGCCCGAGACAAGCAGCACGCCGCGGUCAGACUCGGCCCAGGUGACGGCACACCUGCCUUCAGACAUCAGAGAGACGAGCACACACGCUCAGAAGUUCAAAGCAAAGCGGGCAGCAGAGAUCGGACUCGUGCGGCCGCGCUGAGCCAAGCUUCAGGACCGACACUUGGCAAAUCUGUCCCUGGAAAAUCAUCACUGCAAAAAGAAGAAGACCAGAGAAGUCCUCCAGAGUUGUUUCCUCCUCCUCCUCCUCCUCCUGAUGCCCAGGUGUCAACACUGGGCCAUGACGUCUCUGCACUUUCACCACUUCAUCCUGCACAAACUCCUUUUUCUCAUCUUGCGACGCCAGACCAGCCGUCAGUUUACAACAAAGUGGUAGAAACAAGCACACCAUCUAGUGGGUUUAACCAGGAUGAACAAUCUCACGGGACGCACACAAGCAGCCAAGACAUGAGCCCAGAGAGCAAAGAUGUGUGUGGCUUCUGUCGGAAGCCUAUGGCUCUUCCUGAACUUGUGAUAGAGGCACUGAACAGGACAUACCACGAAGGCUGCUUCCAGUGUCGGUCCUGUCACAUCCCCCUGGCUGGUAAACAAUACUACAACAAGGCAGGGAUCCCUCUCUGUGAAGACUGCUACCAGGCCAUUCUGGAGCUCUGCUGGGCGUGUGGAGAGGUCAUCACAGAUCAUGUGAUCCGUGCACUUGAACGAGCGUACCAUCCUCUAUGUUUCACCUGUACGACAUGUAAAAAGCAGAUUGGAGAGCAGGCGUUUGCUCAAGGGGAAGUCGGAGAGGUUUACUGUCUUCAGGACUAUUACAGGAAAUAUGCUCCGCAGUGCAGCGCCUGUGACAGGUUAAUUAUUCCAAAAGAAGAUGGGACGGACAGUUAUACCGUUGAAUGUUUGGGACAAUCCUUCCAUGAGAACUGCUACAGAUGUGAGGUCUGUGGCAUCCAGCUUUCCACUGAACCCAACGAGCGAGGCUGCUAUCCUUUAGAUGGAAAAAUGCUUUGCAAACCCUGCCACCUCCACCUGGCUUCAAGCCAGCUCUAAUACUGACCUGACAACACUUCACUAAAUGCAAACAGGAUGGCCGAAACAUGGAUCCAGGAUCAAGAAGGCAGGAGACUGGAAAUACACUACAGCCUGGCUAAGGAGGGUCUGAAACAUAAUCUCCUCCAGAGCAAUAACUAAACAUGGCUCUUACUUUAUUUACAAUGCUUUAUGAGUAUUUUCAUACUUUUUGUAUACUUGAUAAUUUUGCACUUAACAAUUGUUACAAAGAAGCAAUCAUAUUUAUGCAACUGACUUCAUGAAAAUCUAGGACCAGUAUUAAUCGACUUUUUGUAUCCUCAAUCAGUGUGUGGCCUUUUCAAACACGCCACUCUUCCUGAUUGAAAAAGAAAAGCAUUAAUAAAUGUAAACUGAUAUAUUUUAUCAGGUUGGACAGUGGUGUGUAUUGGCCCUCCUAGCAAGAAGGUCAUAGGUUCAAAUCUGGCCUGGGCCUAACAGCAUGGACUGAGAGUUUUCUUCAGGUACUCUGACUUCCUCCCAUUGUCCAAAAACAAUAAUGUGAGCUUAACUGAAUGUGAGAUUUUUCUUGUCAGUUUAUGUUUGCCCUGUGAUGGACCGCAACAUACACAACAAAGAACCAUUUGCACAUCCGCCACAAAAAAUGGCAACACUGAUAUAUGUUAAAGCAGAGACCAUGUAAACGUCUACUUUGAUAACAUGAUACCUACUCUAAAGUUCCACCUAAAGCCCCAGCUUCUGUAAUAAUUAUGUUUAUCUCAAGAGCACUUGAUAUGGUAUUGUAUAUCAUAUAACAUGUAAUAAACCAUU